AUGGAUUUAGACUAUGAAAUCCCGCUGGCUCCCUUCCUACCUUUACCGAUCUCGAAGAUAGUCGCCCUCCUCUUACUCAUCACCGCCGCAUUUUGUUUUCGUCGAAUCUGGAAUCCUCAGGACAGUCAAACAUGUCGGCAAACACCCCUUCGCUUCUCAAAGAAGUUGACCUUUAUUCCCUCCGCCGUGAAACCGAUUGCCAAAGAAUCAGGAUUCCAAGAGCUGGAGUUUUAUAAAAAUCUCUUUUUCAGACUGCAAAAUGUGGAGCAUAAUCCGGAGGUUUUACCACUUGCACGACAAGCAAUCUUGUUCUUAUUGUCCGAAGGAUUGAGCGAAUAUACAAAAAGAGAGUCUCAUCCCAGUAUCCUAUCAAUGGAGACUUUCAACAAAGAAGAACUUUCCCAGUUUCUCCACAAACAUCAGAAGGAUGUAACGGAUCGAUACGCACAGUAUAUCGCGCAGAGAAAAGUGGGCGGCCCCCGGCAAUUGGUUCGUGACCGACAGGAUGCAGAGUCCUGGCUGAGGAAGAUUGCACCGUUGAAGCUGGUUGAUGGCGCUUGGCUGGGCCACUUGAACAAAAUCACUUUACCAUUUGCCUUGCGUCCAAUCAUGAAGAAAACUUGGCAGGUGUUCACUGAGGAGCUCGGUGAUGGUGAUCUUCACCAGCAUCAUGUUUACAUCUAUGAGGACCUCUUAAGGACUUUUGAGCCAGAAUUACCCUCCCCAACAACAAAGGAAAUUCUUCAUCCUAGAUGGAAUUUCAGCUGUAUCAGGUAUUGGAGAGCGGCUGCAGCUCAAUUGAUGAUAGCCAGGUUUUCGGAAGACUUUUUCCCGGAGAUACUGGGGUUCACCAUGCACUUCGAAAUGCUUCAGCUGGAUACAAUGCAGGCAGCAAAGGAGCUACCAGAAGUUGGACUUGAUCCUUACUAUUUCAUACUUCAUGUGUCCAUUGACAACAGCCAUUCCGGUCAUGCCGCUAUGUCGAUGGAAUGCGUGGUGGACUACAUACAAAAAAUAUCGGAAAUGGAAGGCAAAGAAGCCGCCCAUACUGCGUGGCGCCGGAUUCAGGCAGGAUAUAUCUUGAGUGAAUGGCUGGGUUCUGAGGGUAUUCAGACGGCAGAAAUCCCUCUCAAUCUUGAUUCUAUGCCCUGUGACCAGCUUGAAUCCAGAGUGGGUAAGAUAUUCCGUGCCAAAGCUCAGGCUGCGCAAGGAAUACACGCCGGAUGCAAAGCAAAUAUUGGCAAUCGCUCUCUAGAUGACUGGCUGAGCCCAAGUAGCUUGUUAGACGAGAAAUGGCAAGCGAAUUUUCUCCAAGCUCUAACCGCCUCCAAGCCAUGGAUUUAUCCCGGUGACAGCAACAAGAGCAGGCUGGUGAAAGAACUCCGUUGGGGAGGCAAAAUGUUCGGCACCUUUACAAGAGAAGAACUUAAUACUCUGCAACAAUGGAUUGAUUCUUUACGACCACACCGCAUUCCAUUUUAUUUUGAGUUUCUUGGUCUUUCAGAGGCCGCCCAUUGCCAGGGCUGCAGCAACUCGAAUAUACCCCAGGAAUUAUCUGGAUCACCAAAUUCCACACACCUGACAGAUGAGAGUGCACCUUUGCUCCACCACCGGCAACUAUCAAUGCAGCGGGAAUUCAGUGCAGGUGAUCUUGAUUUACCGCGGUUGCUGCCUAUUUGGUUCUCUCAGUGCAGUCUCCUUGAGUUGUUUGUAUACGCUCCGGGGAGGACCGCAGACCCAAUGGGUUGCGCAGUGGUGCGUUUGUUACGAGCUCAACUUGGAUUUGAGAUAGAGCAUACAGUGGUCACAGGGAUAAAUGAGUCACACACGGAAGAAGACAAUGGCCUUGUUGGAAUUGGCCUGGAGAUGAUUAAACGAGCCUCUCUCCCCGUUCCCCCUGACCUGGCGAUGCUCCUCGCUCGUUGGCCCUCUAAAUUCGCAGACAAGAUGCUUCAGCUAUCUUCAAAACCCCUCCAAAAUUUGGGUGUUCUACUUGGUAUCUCCGCGGCUCUAAUUGAGCUCCAGGGGGUCAUUGCAGACGCCCCUAGCGCUGGACUACUUUCGUCAGAAAGUUGCGUCCAUUUGCAAGUUCUAUUCCGUCGACAAUACCAUUAUUUGAAAGAGUGCCAGCAACACAUAUCUACAGAUGGGAGUUUGCUCACGGAUUAUUCUCAUGGGUAUGCUAUGGCAAAAGCAGAGAUUAACGAUUGUCUUAAGGUCAAUAUGCAGAAAUAG